AAAGAUGAAUAAAAUCUUAAUUACUUUGCUUAGUUUAGUUUUAAGUUCUGAAGUGAAUUCCACGCCUCCUCUAAGUUUCGAAGCCAAUCCGGAUACAAAACGCCUUUAUGACGACUUAUUAAGUAAUUAUAAUCGUCUCAUACGACCUGUUGUCAAUAACACUGAAACUCUGACGGUAUGGCUUGGUCUGAAGCUGUCUCAAUUGAUUGAAGUUAAUCUAAGGAAUCAAGUUAUGACCACGAAUUUAUGGGUAAAACAGCGUUGGUUCGAUUAUAAACUGCGUUGGGAUCCCGAAGAAUAUGGCGGCGUUGAGCAAUUAUAUGUACCUUCGGAACAUAUUUGGGUCCCGGACAUUGUGCUUUAUAAUAACUGGGACGGUAAUUAUGAGGUAACGCUCAUGACAAAAGCAACCUUAAAAUACACCGGCGAAGUCUUUUGGGAACCGCCAGCAAUUUAUAAGUCAUCGUGCGAAAUGAAUGUCGAAUACUUUCCAUACGAUGAACAAAUUUGUUUUAUGAAAUUCGGUUCAUGGACAUACAACGGUGCACAGGUGGAUUUGAAACAUUUAGAUCAGGUUCCUGGCAGCAAUUUGGUGCAAGUUGGAAUUGAUUUAAGCGAAUUUUAUUUAUCGGUUGAAUGGGACAUUCUAGAAGUUCCAGCCACUAAAAACGAGGAAUAUUAUCCGGACACUUUGGAACCAUUUUCGGACAUUACAUUUAAGCUGACGAUGAGACGUAAAACAUUAUUCUAUACCGUAAAUUUGAUCGUGCCCUGUGUGGCCUUAACCUUUCUUACUGUCUUGGUCUUCUAUUUGCCUAGCGAUUCGGGUGAAAAGGUUACUUUAUGUAUUUCUAUACUUGUCUCAUUGACUGUAUUCUUCUUGCUGUUGGCCGAAAUUAUACCGCCAACAUCAUUGGCUGUACCACUGCUAGGAAAAUAUUUACUAUUUACUAUGAUAUUGGUCUCGUUGUCUGUCUGGACAACUGUUUGUGUGCUAAACAUACAUUUUAGGUCGCCAUCAACUCACAAGAUGUCACCAUUGGUGCGUAAGUUGUUUUUACAUUUUAUGCCGAAGCUAAUGAUGAUGCGCCGCACUAAAUAUAGUCUACCGGAUUACGACGACACCACGCCUAGUAAUGGCUACACAAAUGAAAUCGAUGUGCGAGAUAGCAUAAGCGAUUUUCCGAACGAUUUCAAGGAUGGCCAAGAUGCUGUUUACGACAAUGGCAACCAAAACUCCAUUGACUCUGAUAAUGUUAUACCGAGGAAUUUGACACCAGAAGUACUACAGGCUCUGCGUGCAGUACGCUUUAUAGCACAACAUAUUAAGGAUGCUGAUAAGGAUAACGAGAUCGUUGAAGAUUGGAAAUUUGUCUCGAUGGUUUUGGAUCGUUUCUUCUUAUGGACGUUUACGUUGUCGUGCAUUUUCGGUACAUUUGCUAUAAUUUGUCAAUCACCUUCGUUAUAUGACACACGAUUGCCUAUCGAUCGCCAGUUGAGUGAAAUACCGUUAAGGAAAAAUAAUUUCAUGUUACCGCCAGAUAUAGUUCGUCAAAUAGUUAAUUAAGAUAUUUAUAUAUUUAUCGAUGAUAUCCAUAAUUAUAGUUAAAAAUUUUCUCGCAUAAUGAAAACUAAAGUAACGACAUUAUCUUCCAAGUUUUAAAAUAGGUUCAUUGCUACUUUCAUCGAAACUGAAUAAACAACAAAAAAAUAGAAGAACAAAAAUGAAGGAA